AUGAAGCCUUCCAUGAAAUCCGAGACCUUCCUGCUGGCCUCCGCUCUGCUCUGCACCCUCCUGGGUCUGGGGUAUCCACUGAGCUGUGAGGUGUGUGUCAGUGACGGUCCCAGUUGCACUGGGAAACUGCAGCCUUGUGCCCCAGAUGAGGACUCCUGCGUCGUUGUCGUGACCGAGACCAACAGAAAGGCCUCCUUGGUGGUGACCAGCUACAAGGGGUGUGUGAAAUCCAGCGAGUGUGAUUCCAGAUUCUUCGGCAUCACCGUGAACCCUGAGAACUACAUGGGUUCCAAGAGGCGCUGCUGCCAGAAGGAUGGCUGCAACCAGGACCCCCUGCCUGCGUUCGUGAGAAACCAAACAGAGAAUGGCCUUCGCUGUCCUUCCUGCAUCGCUGCCUUUACGGAAACAUGCACUGCCAGUGAGGAAGCGCUCUGCGUUGGCGAGGAAACCCGCUGUGUCAUCGUGUCUGGCCUCAUGCAACCUGCAGGUGUCAGAUUUGCUGCCCGGGGCUGUGGUAUGGAGACCGCCUGCCACACCAAGCCCGGAACCCUGGUGCCCUCAGGCGCUCGUUUGUUCACCAUCAAGAAGACCAGCUGUCUUUGAACCCCCAGG